CUGUCCAAGAUUUGUGUUUUUACCCAGCAAAGAUAGACGUCAGGCAACAACAAUCUAGGCUCACAAUACUAACUUCCAGCAGCUCCACAGCAUAGCAGCCAAAGUCAAGUCAAUAAUUCUCUCUCAGCUUCACGCACUCCAAACAAACAAACAAACAAACAAACAUUCCAAGAUGAUGCGCAUUUCGUUCCUCUCCAUGCUCAUUGCACUCUUGAUUGCCAUGGCAUCUGCUUCCCACCACGAAUCCAGUCGCGCGCUUCGUACACCUGCUUCCCACAAGCGUGAGAUUCGCAAACUCGAAGAAAGUGGAGAAGACGGAAGUGGAGAGAGUGGAGACGGUGAAGGUGAUAGUGGUGAUGAUGCUGAUGAUACUGACGAUGAGGACUGCUAUGAUGCGUGCUGGGGUGACGCUACUGAUGAAGACAUUGAGGCCUGGACUGAAGACCAAUGGAUUGAAUGGGAGACAUGUACUGAUGCCGCCUGUGAUUGCGCCGAUGACGAAUGCGCAGCUGAUCCGGAUUGUGUGGAGGCUACCUGCGUUUAGAUGCAAUCCAUAGGAACGGAAGGAAGGAGGACGGAACGGAACGAACAAACAAUGGAGGAAAUUUCAAACGAUGGAAGGAGGAGAAUCAAGAAUGUGGCUGGGCAUGGUUGGUCCUUCUUGGUUGGUUUCUGACGAGUUGCUCCACAUUUACUUUUCUUUUGAUGGCUGUGUGACUGCAUGGCUGGCCAGAAGGAGUGUGUGUUGCAGCAACUUCAAGGGACAAUACCAUCAGCAUUGUUGGAGGAUGUCAUGCCUGAAGUGAUUUCUUUUAGAGCAUCUAAAAAAUAUAUAUUAUAAUGAAUCAUCAAUGUGACGGGA